GUGAUGAACUGUGAAGAUUGCACUUCAGAAGAGUCUGUUGAUUAUGUGCUUGAUAUUAUUACUGAGAUAUCUUUUUGUAUUUUUCUGCCGGGGAUGGGCCAGAUUGAGAAGGACGGUACAAGGGUGAGACUUGGUAUUGGUGUUUUGGAACAUCAAAGAUGGACAGGGUUUUCGCGGAGAUUGCUCCUUGGAUAUCUCCACAACUACAGAUCAGGGAUCUUCCAAAAUUGA